AUGUCCAAGGAAGUAGCGGAAGAGUAUGCUUCCAGUUUAGCGGACCUAACCGUCAACAGCAAGCCGCUGAUAAAUAUGUUGACGAUUCUCGCAGAAGAGAACAUCGACCACGCUGGGGUUAUCGUUGAAACAGUGGAGAAGCAUUUAGAGAAGGUACACCCAGACAUCAAGCUGCCAGUACUGUAUUUAGUUGAUUCGAUUAUCAAGAAUGUCGGUGGAGCCUACACACAGAAGUUUUCUCAAAGCAUUGUCAAUAUGUUUACCAGGACUUUCAAACAGGUGGAUGAGAAAGUCAGGUCUCAAAUGUUUAAGCUUCGUGAGACUUGGCACGAUGUGUUUCCUGCUACGAAGCUGUACCAACUGGAUGUGAAAGUGAACUUGAUUGACCCAGCGUGGCCGAUACAAGCACAGCCGCAGCAGUCAAACAUCCAUGUAAAUCCAAAUUUUCUGAAAAAGACUACGGCUACCACCAGCACUACAAUCACUCCAGCUCCCGUCGUCCCUGCUGAAGAGGACGAGAAGAUGAGGAAUAUCCUCGCCAAGAAAGAACAAGAGCUCCUCAUGCUACAGAGGAAGAAGGUGGAGAUGGAACUGGAACAGAUGCGGCGACAGGUCGAGCUUGCAGAGAAAACUGUUACUAAAAAGGUGCCGGGCACUGUCCCCACUAAUGUAAACGCCGCCAAUAUGGCCGCGCCCACUUCUGCGCCUGCGGCCGCCGUGUUGCCUGAAGUGACAACCAAUAUACCCAUCAAACAGCGACUCGGACCGCCGGUACCUAAGAGUACGGGUCGUAUCGCACCCGUAAGCGCCUCCCUAGCGAGCGCCCGGCGCGACCCGCGACUGGCGCGCCUGCAGCAGACCGCCGGCACCGUCCCCGCCGCGGCCUCGCCGCCUGUCGCCGUCGUUGCGCCCGCCGCCGCGCCGCUCGCACCCAUCGCGCCCAACGUCUUUGACAUUAAACCCCUUGAACGCGUCACCAAACGGAAGAAUGUCAUAACUAUAGACGUGCGGCAGGACGCCGAACCCGCCCGGCCUGCUACCAGGGACCCGCGCCGCCGCGACCCGCGUCUCGAGAAACGCGACCCGCGCCGUACUCGUCCGCGUGAGGAACGGGAACGGAGGCGCGAAGAACUGCGUCGAGCAGAGUCAGAACGCAACCAUACUGAUACUAAAUCAGAAGCGGAGCGUAAUCCGAUGCCCGCUUAUGUCGAUAAGUUGCCUGAUCCAAAGAAAAUUAGUAAGAUGCCACCUAUACCUAAAAUUACCCGGCCAGAAGCCAAACGAGACGGUGAAGCAGUGCCCGCCAAACGCAAUAAGCGUGACAAUGUGCGCACCGAGCGCAGACGGCGGCGCGAGGAGCUGGCCCAGAAGGAAGGCGAGCGCUCCAAGGCAGCGGCCGCGGUGCCAGCAGUGCCGCCUGCUGCGGACAAGAAGCGCGCGUCGCCGGAGCUGGUGGCGUUCAAGGAGUUGCGCAACUACCACAAGGAGCAUUACAUGCGUCGCAACCGCGACAAGUCAGCAAGUCCAGAGCACGUCGAGUCAGGCGCAGAAGGCGCCGUGACCUCCGAGCCCCCAAGUGUUCCAGAAAUCAUAUCAGAAACUAAGGACAUAGAUCUUCGAGUAUUACCUGCAGUAGUAACGGAGGCCAAAGCCGCUUCUAUAGGACAGAAGCGAUCUUCCACAGAGGCUGCGGAGGUUAAAACUAAGAAAACAAAAAUUGAUAAAUUUGAUGUGUUGUUUGGUAAUGAGGAUGUAGAUUUACGCCAACUACCACAAGUGGAUGAGGUGAAUGCCCCGCCUCCACCUUCUAUCACUGGUUCGCCGAAGUCCGACAACAAGGUCGAAGAAGAUGUAGCAAUGGUGUCACCAGCCAAAGGUUCACCGAAGAGGGAUUGGAACGAGAUUAAGAAGAGAGAUGACAAGAAAACUCCCUCAAAACUCGACCUUGUACGAGCUAAGUUUGCCGAAGUAACGAAGGGCAAAGAUAGGCUUGGCCGUCCUCUACUGUUCAGCAAAUCGCCAAGUAUCGAAAGAGAAAGGCGACGUACUUUGUCUAGCGAAGAUACUGAUCUCAGGGAAGAUGAUGAACAAGGCUUCGUUGAAAACAAAAAAUCUAUUUCAAUUAUAAUGUCUCAAGCAAAGGAACACUUCACAGAUGGACAAUUAGACAAGAACCAAUACAACACUCUAAUGUACCAAAUUCUUCAACUUAAUGAGAAACUCAAGCUGAAGGAGGCCAAACAGAGGGAGUCGUUGGAAAUUUCCAAAAGGAAGCUCAAAGCUACAAUAGAAGAAAACCAUAAAGUACCAAGUCCAAAAUCAUCGCCUAAUGAUCGGAACAGAUUUGGUGAUAUUGAUGAGAGAAUCACACCGUCUGUAUACCUUGACACGCCGCCCGAUAGCCAAGGAAUGUUGGGUCAGGACUCGGAUAUGCGACUCGGUGCUGAAGCCCUUGAUAUGAAGACAAAAGGUUUGCUUCCCAUCCCGCCCAUGAUGCCAAUGUUUGGCCCUUAUCAGCAACAAAUGCCUUGGCGUGGACCAAGACCACGAGCAGGUGAAGAAUUCGGACCUAGACGAUUCCGAGGGCCAAUGCCACCAUACUUCCGAGCCGGCAAGUUUGAUAAGAGGGCUGUUAGACCGCCUUUUGACCCUCGUAUGGCAAUACCUCCUCUACCUACACCCAAAAUUGGUAUGUGUCAAGGAGAGUGUCCGCUAACACCUUACGAACGAAGCGAAUCUCCACCUCCAUUAGGAGCUCCAGGCUUCGCAAUCCCACCGACAGAUUUUAAAAUCAUUGAGUAUAUAGAUCAGGACCCCUUCAAAACCAUCCAAAUUGAUGGUAUACCUCGGGAAAUCAGGUUUUACGGUAACACCGCCGUAAUUAUGCUGGAUUGGGAUGAUCCAAGGGAAAUCAAGUUCCUUCCUGGAUGCAGAAGGGUAACUUUCGACAAUAAAGACUCAGUAGUACUAACAUUCGGUGAAGGCUACAAGCAAGUGGAGUUUGAUGAUCAGGUAUUCGAUAUUAAAUUUGGUGCACCGACACGAGAACUGUAUAUAAACGGUAGGUGGUACGAAUGUUUCUUCGGUGGACAGCCAUUAGGCGUAAUUAUUGACGGUAAACCAAGAUUAGUUCAUUUGGAGGGCCCUAUGCCUCAAGUGGACAUCGGUAAAACCAAACGCACCGACUUAGUAGCCGGUAAGAUCAAUCUCAUUGUGAAUGCUACACAGAUGCAUCCAGUGUACUUGGACGCAAAGGUACAAAAGAUUUUGGUCAAUGGACAGUACCUGACCGUGCGCUUCGUAGAUUCACUGCGCACAGUUUUAAUCAAUGAACAGCCUUUUAAAGUAGAGUUUGGAGGCCUUCCCAAGCCAAUCGUUGUUGGCAGCGAGAAAUAUUUUAUAAGAUUCUCCGCUCUGCCGAGAAAUAUUAAGCCUGGACAUAUUCAGAUAGCUAAUAUGGAAGGCAUAGGCUUGCCACUGGUGCCACCCGUCAAGAAAGUCGAUGAACUUAAGGAAGAGGAAAACCCAAUGGAAGUUGACCAACAAGAACAACCCAUUGCGCGUCCGGUGAAGACGCCCAGCCCUGAACUCAACCCUGAGAGUCUAGGUCUCGACAUGUUGGCGAGCGUCAUGCCGUCCAGUUCUGUGCCCGCCUCCGGCUCGGAGUACAGCGUAGCCGAGCCUCUAUUCUCAAAAACUGACAAGAUCCCUGGACUUGAGACACCCAUGGAAGAGAAACCAGCUCCAGUACUGCCAAUAUUGGGCAACAUUAAUGUCAACGACCUUUUCGCUAAGCUAGUGGCAACUGGUAUUGUGCAAGUACCGACCACUACCCAGCCAGAGCCUCAAGAGGAAGCAAAAAAUAAACCUGAAGAAGUUAAGAAUAAACCACGGGAAGACAAGAAUACUAUUCACAAAGUAGACUUUACGAAAUCCGAGACAUUCAGAGUUAAACAACCAGGACUGGUAGCUAAGUUGUACGGCGGGAUGCAGUGUUCAGGGUGUGGGGCUCGGUUCCCGCCCGAGCACACUGUGCGAUAUUCUCAACACUUGGACUGGCACUUCCGACAGAACCGACGCGACAGGGACUCAGCGCGCCGCGCGCACUCACGACACUGGCACUACGACCUGUCAGACUGGGUUCAGUAUGAGGAGGUCGAGGACUUGGAGGAAAGAGAAAAGAGUUGGUUCGAGACGGGCGGUAACCCUACGGCGUCGGGCGAGGGCGCGGUGGAGGCGCCGGCGCCCGCCCCGCUGGCCACUCCGUCCGCCGCCGCCUCCGCGCCCGCCUCGCACUGCUGCGCGCUCUGCGGGGACACGUUCCAACAGUUCUACAACGAGGACAAGGAGGAAUGGCACCUCAGGAAUGCUAUCAAACACAAUGAUGAUUACUAUCAUCCACUCUGCUUUGAAGACUACAAAACGUCACUAACAAAGGCAGAAGAACCUCAACUAAAGGAGACCUCUGAGGACAUCGCAUCUGAGGAAAAGAUGGAAGAGGAAGCCAUUGAGAUCAAAGAUGUGGAUGAGACUACAGAACAAUCUGACAACGAAUCUGUGGUUGAAGUCGUCGAGGACCCGAGGGAGUUGGACCCCGUUGAAAUCGAUGAAGAAGAAGAUGACGAGGAUGACGUCGUUUUCAAAGCAGAGCCAGUGGUCGAGGUUGUGGUUGAAGAUGACGCUGAAACGGAUGAUGAGCUUACUGCUGAAAGAGCUGAACGAGACCGUCUCGCAGAGAUUGAUUUCAGUAAGAUAAAGGUCAAGCAAGAACCCAUCGAUCCCGAUGACGAACCUAUAGUGACUGCUGAAGAAGAAACCAUCCCAACGCGAAUAGACCACACACAUCCAACAGUGGAGUCAUCUAUCGACGGGAACCUUCAACUGGAUGCGGCAAGCAUUCCCACAGCCUCCAUACCCAUUGGAGGAAUCCGGAUCAACAUCUCCAAAUCCUUGCCUUCCUUUGUGACUAACAACCAAGAAGAAAAAAUUCUGGAGGAUGUGAGUGCUGAUGAUGAGCCCUUGCCACCUGGUGAGGAGCCUGAACUAGAGUAUACAUUGAAACCGGCACUUCAGGGUGUACAGUUCAGCAGGCAACCUCCUGUCAACCAAGGCAAUGAGCUCUCUGGAUUGUGCUCAAUCAUGUAA